UCUUCCACCCGGCCGAGGAUAAACAUCACGACUCCAAAAUCUGCCCCGACCCCCGACGACGCCGCUUUCCCCUCAAUUGCGCCGCUGCGCUUGCGAUCACGAAUCUGCGAAUGCGAUCCGCCCUACCAGUGCUACUUAUUACAAAGUAGUCCACCAAACUCCCUGUACCGCGUGUCAAUGCUUGCAGUAGACAAGCACAAGGGCAACGGCUUCCUGCAUAUACCAUUUACUCGCUCGACCUCUAAGAACCUCCGUCACAUCACCCCGGCCCAGCGCCGUCAGUCGGCUAUCCGCCCAACGACCAAGUCUACCUCCUUGUCCCCGCGACCUCAUGUGGUCCGCGACGCGAACACCGGUCUCGAGACGACUGCGCCAACCAUCGAGUCCAAGAGACCUAGUCCUGUCGUGACGAGCACGUCGCACAAGGAACGCCUCUUUUCUCUCCACCAACCCACCAUUGGAGACUCCUGACUGCUGAGGAUACGAGCUGUAGGAGACCCAAGGCUCGCCGCCUUCAUUCUUUCUGCCCUGCCCUGUCCUGCUUGUAAGCCGUCUGCCUACCUGCGGCGCAAAAGGAACAAGAAGAAAGAGGGAGAAAACAAGGCUCUACCCGGCCUAUAUUGCGGGAGCGCACAGCGCCUAUUUCUGGCCCUGCUCUCUCAUACCACGUCGCCACGGGAAACCAUUGUCCGGCUUGACUCCUAUUCGCAGACUCGAACUGCCACUACGCACAUUGGUCUUGGGAGUAGCUAGUCACGCAGCGGUGGUGUACUUUUGAGCUGUGUGUGUGUGUGUGUGUGUGU